AUGGGAAUUCCUCUGAAUGAUAACACUAUACUAUAUACACUUCACUUCGCCGACGACCAGGUAAUAAUAGCUUAUGAUAAAGAAGAUCUCGAAAAAACUACGAAAGACGACUACAUGACGAGAAAACUGCAAAAGAUGAGGUUGCGAAAAUACAGAUACCUGGGUACGAAUAUAGUGGCAAAUAGUAGAUGCGAGACAGAGCUAGAAGAUAGGAUUAGAAAAGGAAGAAAAGUAAUCGAAGCCUUGAACCCUGUUCUGUGGUCGAAGAACAUUAUUUUAGAUAAAAAACAUCUCUUAUAUAACACCAUCCUAAAGAGUGUUAUGUUGUACGGGGCAGAAGUAUGGCAACUUAUUGAAAAACAUAAGAAAAAACUCUUGGCAACAGAGAUGGAUUUUUGGAGACGGACAGCAGGAAUCUCUCGGCGGGGUCGGAUCAGAAACGAAAGGAUCAGAGAAAUAAUGAAAGUGAAAAAAAUGUUACCCAACAAAUUCAAGAACAACAGCUACGUUGGUAUGGACAUAUCCAACGAAUGCCAAAGAAUAGAAUCCCUAAGCAAGUAUUCUAAUGGGUACCAGUAG